AAUGUCUGCCUAAUCGAAUGUCGUACGCUAAAUAGCGGAACAUUUAUGAUCCAGUUGAUUUAGUGCUGUUCAGUGCUUUAUUAUUUGCCUGUUGAUGAUAUUUUAUAUUAUCAUCGAUUUAAGAUUAGAAGUAACAAUCUAUUACUCAGGUCUUGUUGUAUAUAUUUGACGAGGGGUACCAUUUGCACGAAAGCGAUGUCUCUGGCCCAUCAUUGCUCACUUAGAUCGCAAGAUGACUUUCUAAAUUUGUUUUCAAGAUAGAUUGAAUAAAGUACGUAAUCGAGUAACCCUCUUGAGAGCUGGACUGCCAAGAUAUUUUUCAGCCCUAAGGCAAAAUUGAAAGGAGCUUGAUCUCAGGAGCUUGUGCAUUUCAGAGAUAAUUAAAUUGAGGCUGUGUUUGCAGGGUAUGAAUGAAUUUGGGUGCAGCAAAAGCCCCCAUAUCAGGUGCAGGUGUGCCAGAGUGCAAGCCAUCAAAGCUUCAGAGCUUACAAAAGAGAACCUACCAACCAGGAUGUCAAAUGGAUGUCCUAUUUGUAGCAGAGGAAUCACAUUCUCAUAUAAGGAUGUUUUAUUUCUCAGCCAAUUUAUGACACCAGAUGGAAAAAUGCUCAAUAGGCGUGUAUCAGGUGUUUGUAAAAGGCAGCAGAGAGUACUUCAAAAUAAGAUAAAUGUUGCCAGGAGAUUAGGUAUUAUACCAAAUUACACAAAAAUAAAAGAUGAAAUUGGUUUGGAUUCAUAGGUCAAGCAGUGUGUUGUGAGGUCCUUCUAGCUUCGCAAAGUAAGACUGUUUUAGGUCGAUUGUGGACAUUACCUGUAAAAUGUAAAUAGCUUACUUUUCAGUCUUUGAUAAAACAUCAUGUAUGCAUUGGAAAUGCUUGUCAUUUCAGCAAAAUGUUAAG